UUAAUCAUGGAAACUGGGCUAUUCCUGUUUGUGCACUUCUAGCAAUCUUCUGUUGUAAAUAUUAAAAGGUAACGACAAAAGGAUGAAAACCAUUUUUAAAAGGCUCAAAUCAAUUAAUCCAUCAGAUCAUGUGAUUGCUACUGAUUACAUGGAUAUCUUUAGGGAAGCAGAAAAUGAUUGCUGAACACAUGCCUUGUGUUUUGAUGAUUGCAUUAAAAGUCCCCCAUUGGGAUGGCAUUUACUGGUUCCCAGAGCUUUUCUUAGAUUAAAUUUCAGGCAGCUAGUACAAGGAGAAACAUCAUAACCUGUAUCUAACAGCGUAUGUACAGUUAAAGAAUAAUCUUGAUCAAGCCCUGCUAGGCUCUGCUAAAUAAACGAAGGUUUUCAGCAAGACCCCAGACUUUUAUUUUGAAGUGGAGUAGCAGCUGUUGGCUAUUGCGGUACAGAGCUGCAGCGCGGCCUGGGUCACACAGUGCUCCGGGUGUCUGCAAGGCUGCAGGCCGAGCCCAGUGGCGCAGGCACUGAGCUGCACUUAUUUGCUGUGCUAUUUGACCUCUUGGUUUGGGAGAGCUCCCUGGACCAUCUGAAUGGCUAUGGGAGAUGAUAAAAGCUUUGAUGAUGAAGAAUCAGUGGAUGGAAAUAGGCCGUCAUCAGCUGCUUCCACCUUCAAGGUUCCUGCACCUAAAACACCCGGAAAUCCUGUCAACAGUGCAAGGAAGCCUGGUUCAGCAGGUGGCCCUAAGGUUGGAGUAGGUGCUUCUAAGGAAGGAGGUGCUGGAGCAGUUGAUGAAGAUGAUUUUAUAAAAGCUUUUACUGAUGUCCCUUCUAUUCAGAUCUAUUCUAGUCGAGAACUUGAAGAAACUUUAAAUAAAAUCAGGGAAAUUUUGUCAGAUGACAAACAUGAUUGGGAUCAACGUGCCAAUGCACUUAAGAAAAUUCGCUCACUCCUUGUUGCUGGAGCUGCACAAUAUGAUUGCUUUUUCCAACACUUACGCUUGUUGGAUGGAGCACUUAAACUUUCAGCUAAGGAUCUUAGAUCCCAGGUGGUUAGAGAAGCUUGCAUUACUGUAGCUCAUCUUUCAACAGUUUUGGGAAACAAGUUUGAUCAUGGUGCUGAAGCCAUUGUACCUACGCUUUUUAAUCUUGUCCCAAAUAGUGCAAAAGUCAUGGCAACCUCUGGAUGUGCAGCAAUCAGAUUCAUCAUUCGGCAUACUCAUGUACCCAGACUUAUACCUUUAAUAACAAGCAAUUGCACAUCAAAAUCAGUUCCUGUGAGGAGGCGUUCAUUUGAAUUUUUAGAUUUGUUGUUACAAGAGUGGCAGACACAUUCACUUGAACGACAUGCAGCUGUCUUGGUUGAAACAAUUAAAAAGGGAAUUCAUGAUGCGGAUGCUGAGGCCAGAGUGGAGGCAAGAAAGACAUAUAUGGGUCUCAGGAGCCACUUUCCUGGUGAAGCUGAAACACUGUAUAAUUCCCUUGAACCAUCUUAUCAGAAGAGUCUUCAAACUUACUUAAAGAGUUCUGGCAGUGUAGCAUCUCUUCCACAAUCAGACAGGUCCUCAUCUAGCUCACAAGAAAGUCUCAAUCGCCCUUUUUCUUCCAAAUGGUCUACAGCAAAUCCAUCAACUGUGUCUGGAAGAGUAUCAUCAGGCAGUAGCAAAUCCAGUUCCCUUCCAGGAAGCCUGCAACGCUCACGAAGUGACAUUGAUGUGAAUGCUGCUGCUGGUGCCAAGGCACAUCAUGCUGCUGGACAGUCUGUGCGAAACGGGCGGUUAGGUGCAGGUGCCCUGAAUCCAGGUUCCUAUGCAUCACUAGAGGAUACUUCUGACAAGAUGGAUGGAACAGCGUCUGAAGAUGGCCGGGUAAGAGCAAAGCUUUCAGCACCACUUGCUGGCAUGGGAAAUGCCAAGACAGAUUCUAGAGGAAGAAGUCGAACAAAAAUGGUGUCUCAGUCACAGCGUUCAUCAUCACCUGACAAAAACGAAGGAUCACAAUCUGCUAAUACCAUUGGUGCUGGCAGCCGGUCUGGGUCUCCAGGAAGAGUUCUGACUACGACAGCCCUCUCCACUGUGAGCUCUGGUGUUCAAAGGGUGCUGGUCAAUUCAGCCUCAGCACAGAAGAGAAGCAAAAUACCACGGAGCCAGGGCUGUAGCAGAGAGGCUAGUCCAUCUAGGCUUUCAGUGGCCCGAAGCAGUCGUAUUCCUCGACCAAGUGUGAGUCAAGGAUGCAGCCGGGAAGCUAGUCGGGAGAGCAGCAGGGACACAAGUCCUGUUCGCUCUUUCCAGCCCCUUGCCUCCAGACACCAUUCCAGAUCUACUGGUGCCCUCUACGCCCCCGAUGUGUAUGGGGCCUCAGGUCUUGGGUAUGGGAUGAGCCAGUCAAGCCGAUUGUCAUCUUCUGUCAGUGCCAUGCGAGUCCUGAACACAGGUUCCGACGUGGAGGAGGCGGUAGCAGAUGCCUUGCUCUUAGGAGACAUACGGACUAAGAAAAAACCUGCUCGAAGAAGAUAUGAAUCCUAUGGAAUGCAUUCAGAUGAUGAUGCCAACAGUGAUGCGUCCAGUGCUUGUUCAGAACGUUCCUAUAGUUCUCGAAAUGGUAGUAUUCCUACAUAUAUGAGGCAGACAGAAGAUGUGGCCGAAGUUCUCAAUAGAUGCGCUAGUUCCAAUUGGUCAGAAAGGAAGGAAGGCCUCCUGGGUCUGCAGAACUUAUUAAAAAAUCAGAGAACGCUAAGUCGAGUUGAACUGAAAAGAUUAUGUGAGAUUUUCACAAGAAUGUUUGCUGAUCCUCAUGGCAAGAGAGUAUUCAGCAUGUUUUUGGAGACUCUAGUAGAUUUCAUACAAGUCCACAAAGAUGACCUUCAAGAUUGGUUGUUUGUACUUCUGACACAACUACUAAAAAAAAUGGGUGCUGAUUUGCUUGGAUCUGUUCAGGCAAAAGUUCAGAAAGCCCUUGAUGUUACAAGAGAAUCUUUUCCAAAUGAUCUUCAGUUCAAUAUUCUAAUGAGAUUUACAGUUGAUCAGACCCAAACACCAAGUUUGAAGACAGUCAAGCCAGCACUUCGGGACCAGCUUCACUCUUUUUGGAGUUCCAAGGUGAAAGUUGCUAUCCUUAAAUACAUUGAAACUUUGGCCAAACAGAUGGACCCAGGAGAUUUUAUAAAUUCCAGUGAAACUCGCCUCGCUGUGUCUCGGGUCAUCACUUGGACAACAGAACCCAAAAGUUCUGAUGUUCGGAAGGCAGCACAAUCUGUGCUGAUUUCUUUAUUUGAACUCAAUACCCCAGAGUUUACAAUGUUAUUAGGAGCUUUACCAAAAACUUUUCAGGAUGGUGCUACCAAGCUACUUCAUAAUCAUCUUCGAAACACUGGCAAUGGAACCCAGAGUUCCAUGGGGAGUCCUUUGACAAGACCAACACCACGAUCACCAGCCAACUGGUCCAGUCCUCUUACUUCUCCUACCAAUACAUCACAGAAUACUUUAUCUCCAAGUGCAUUUGAUUAUGACACAGAAAAUAUGAACUCUGAAGAUAUUUAUAGUUCUCUUAGAGGUGUUACUGAAGCAAUACAGAAUUUCAGCUUCCGUAGUCAAGAAGAUAUGAACGAACCAUUGAAAAGGGAUUCUAAAAAAGAUGAUGGUGAUUCAAUAUGUGGUGGUCCUGGGAUGUCUGACCCAAGAGCAGGAGGUGAUGCUCCUGAUUCAAGCCAAACAGCUCUUGAUAAUAAAGCUUCAAUGCUCCAUUCGAUGCCUGCCCACUCCUCUCCACGCUCUCGAGACUAUAAUCCAUAUAACUACUCAGAUACCAUCAGUCCCUUCAACAAGUCUGCUCUCAAGGAAGCUAUGUUUGAUGAUGAUGCUGACCAGUUUCCUGAUGAUCUUUCCCUAGACCAUUCUGACCUGGUUGCAGAGUUGUUGAAGGAGCUCUCUAACCAUAAUGAACGUGUAGAAGAAAGAAAAAUCGCCCUCUAUGAACUCAUGAAACUGACACAGGAAGAAUCUUUCAGUGUUUGGGAUGAGCACUUCAAAACAAUAUUGCUUUUAUUACUUGAAACCCUUGGGGAUAAAGAGCCUACGAUCAGGGCUUUGGCAUUAAAGGUUUUAAGAGAAAUCCUAAGGCAUCAACCAGCAAGAUUUAAAAACUAUGCAGAACUGACUGUUAUGAAAACAUUAGAAGCACAUAAAGAUCCUCACAAGGAGGUGGUGAGAUCUGCUGAGGAAGCUGCAUCAGUGUUGGCCACUUCAAUUAGUCCAGAGCAGUGCAUCAAAGUGCUUUGUCCUAUCAUCCAAACUGCUGACUACCCAAUUAAUCUGGCUGCAAUCAAAAUGCAAACAAAAGUGAUAGAGAGAGUAUCCAAGGAAACACUUAACCUGCUUUUGCCAGAGAUUAUACCAGGCCUAAUACAGGGUUAUGAUAAUUCAGAGAGCAGUGUUCGGAAAGCUUGUGUCUUCUGCCUGGUGGCUGUUCAUGCAGUAAUUGGUGAUGAACUAACACCGCAUCUCAGUCAACUCACUGGCAGUAAAAUGAAGCUACUGAAUCUUUACAUCAAACGUGCACAAACAGGUUCUGGAGGAGCUGAUCCUACUACUGACGUUUCUGGACAAAGUUAGUGAAGCUCAUCGAAGUGAACCAGGUCUCUCAAAGAAAGGACAGACAGACCACCCUCGUCAAUGAAAGGAAAUUCUCAAAUACAUCUUCUGGAACUUAACCAUUGUUUUCCAGUUUUAGUUUUUUGUUUUGUUUUGUUUGUAUUUUCUGUAACAGAGGCCUAUCCUCAGUCUGCAUGUAACUUUUAUGAUAGUUAUUCCAAAUUCAAGAAGAAGCAGUAUUAACAUCAACUGAUCAAUACAAAGUAAUUUUUAAUCUAAUUCAUCAUUUCACAUGUUUGUACUUCUUUGUCUUCCCAUUAACCUUUGCCAGUGUUAUGAUUGUAUAAAUUUUUUUAAAUGCUGGUUAAACAGGAAUGCUUAAAGCUUUAAAAGUUUAACUUUUUUUGCCUUUAUUCAAUUGACAAAUAUUUUUUUUUGCUACUUUGAGUUUUGUUCUGUAUCAUGUCCUAUGCUAGAGAUAUUGAAAUGAUGUGAAACAAAGCAGGACUAAUUUUAACUUCAGCUGGACUCUGUUGGUGUGAUGGUGAUACAUGUUAUUAGUUGCAAUUCCUUUGGGGUGAUCUGUAGUUUGAAAACUGAGACCUCAAAGAGAAAUAUUACAGAAUCAGCCAAUUCUGUAAAACUGAUAUUGUUUGUUGGUUAUUGAUCUUCCCAUCUUUAUUUAAAACCAUGUCCUUUCUAUGAUCCCUUAAGAAAGCUGCACCAAAUCAUCUGCCCAUUUUUUUUCUUGAUACUUAUUAAAAUAGAAGGUUUCAUUGCAGGAUUUUUGGUUUGUUUAUCUUUGUUGCGAAUGAUGCUUUUUUUUUGUAUUUAUUAAUAUCAAAUUCACUUAUGAAUAAACUUAAUAGUGUGUAAGAAAA